ACGUCUGCUGGUUUGUGUGUUAUGCGGCUUCAGCUCUGCAGCUAAGAGGCAGGAAAUCAGAUAUUUCAGUAGUUUGCCAAGAAAGAAGAGAAGUAGCUGGAAUGACGGACGGGGAGACAGCUACUUCUGCAGAGCAUGGACACGCAGUUAACAAGUCCUGUGUGAAUCUGACGUGCUACAUGGUCCUGAGUAACGAAGAGAGGAAAGCCAUUGGCACCAUCUGUUUCCUGGCAGGCCCUGUCACACUACUGGAAAAUGUUCUUGUGCUGGGGGUGAUUGCUAGCACAGCCACCUUGCGAAAGCGGCCAUCCUAUCUGUUUAUUGGCAGCCUUGCUCUGGCUGAUGUCUUUGCCAGUUGUUUCUUCACCAUAAGUUUCUUACACUUUCACCUCUUUCAUCUCAAAGAUGGCCCAGGCGCCUACCUCUUCAAGCUAGGCGGUGUCACCAUGGCCUUCUCUGGUUCAGUGGGAAGUUUACUGCUGACUGCUCUGGACCGCUACCUCUGCAUCUACCACUCCUCGACUUACAAGGUGUUGCUGACACGGCGCAGAGCCCUGCUGAGCCUUCUGAUUCUCUGGAGUACAAUCAUCUUCCUCUCCUUCUUACCUCUAAUGGGCUGGAGGUGUUCCACGGGCCUUACUCCACCUUGCUCAAACUUGUUUCCAUACAUCAAUAAGCACUAUCAAGCCUUCUGGACCAGCUUCGUCCUUGUGAUUCUGGUUCUGAUUUUGGGGGCUUAUGCUCUCAUCCUGUGGAAGGCCCACCGCCAUGAGUCCUCAAUGACCAGCUUCCAUGGAGCAGCAGGAAAAGGUCAAUCUCGCAUGAGGAUGGAUAUCCGGUUGGCUCGCACCUUUGGCCUGAUUCUGCUCAUACUGGUGGGCUGUUGGGUUCCUGUGCUUUCUUUCAUGCUAGUAGAUGUCUCAGUGAUCCUGACCCGAGACCAACAGCGGGCCUUUGCUUUCUGCAGCACCCUCUGUCUGGUCAACUCUUCAGUCAACCCACUGCUGUAUGCCCUGCGCUUUCGAGAACUAAGAAUUGCUCUUUUGCGGGUGCUGCAAAAGCUGUGUUGCAAGGGAAGGUGUAAAAAACUCACAGAAGACUCAAGCCAUGGACUACCCUCUGCAGAAGACAAUUGUACUGCUUUAUCUGACGAUGAGACGCCCAAGGCCAGAACCACCAGACCUGACUCCAUUUCAGAAAUGGUCUACAGUCACCAGCUGACCAUGAAAAAGUGAAGGAAGCUGAACGUUAAAAUAAAAGAGAAGCAAUACAGUUCGUGAAACACUUGUUUUGACGACAGCUGUUAGCUAGUGAUCAACACCAUCACUGUAGAUCAGGAUAAAAUCUGUCUAUACAAGGAAAUGUCACUUACUGUUUUUUUUUUUAUUGUAAUUGCAAAUAAGCUUGUAAAUAAGUAAACAACACAUGAUAACAGUACUUGUCAAAACAAAACACAAACCCUGGGAAUUACAAUGUGACCAUUACACAUUACUUUAAUUAUAAGAGAUUAUAAAGUAUGUUGUUAACCAUUAAUCCGUAAUGUUAUUACCAGUUAAUAUGCUUAAAAUAGAAAAUGAUAGUUACACAGAGGACACACGGAGCUUUUUUCAGCAUUUUGCAAUAACUGCACCCAAAAGAUUU